AGUAGCGCCGAAAUCAGACUUGCAGACGUACGACGACGUGAUCACUUCUAGUCGACUUUGCGGAGGCAGUACGACUCUGGAAUAAAUCUCCCUUUUUUCGUUUGCCACCUUUAUUACAACACCGCUGGUAAGAUGGCUCUAAGCGACGCUGAUGUUCAGAAACAGAUCAAGCACAUGAUGGCCUUCAUCGAGCAGGAGGCCAACGAAAAGGCGGAAGAAAUCGACGCCAAGGCCGAAGAAGAGUUCAACAUCGAGAAGGGCCGUCUGGUGCAGCAGCAGCGCUUGAAGAUCAUGGAGUACUACGAAAAGAAAGAGAAGCAGGUCGAACUGCAGAAGAAGAUCCAGUCCUCGAACAUGCUCAACCAGGCCCGUCUGAAGGUGCUGAAGGUGCGCGAAGAUCAUGUCACCAGCGUGCUCGAUGAAUGCCGUCGUCGCCUCGGGGAGGUAACGAGGGAUGCGGGUCGUUACGGUACCAUUCUGACCGACCUCAUCACCCAGGGAUUGCUGCAGCUGAUGGAGGCCAACGUCCUUAUCCGUGGUCGUCAAGUCGAUGCCCAGAUCAUCCAGAACGUGCUGCCGGCGGCCGUUGCGUCCUACAAGGAAAAGUGCGGACUUGAUGUGGUAGUGACCUUGGAUACCGAGAGUUUCCUGCCAGCCGAUACCACCGGUGGAGUUGAUCUGUUGGCACAAAACGGACGCAUUAAGGUCUCCAACACCCUCGAGUCCCGGUUGGAGCUGAUCGCACAACAGCUGGUGCCGGAGAUCCGUAAUGCUCUGUUCGGUAGUAACAUGAACCGUAAAUUCAAUGACUAAAUUGCAGCCCUGUGCUCAGAAGUAGCUGCCGAAAGGGGAGGAGAAGUAUGCCAGCGCAAAACAACAUCGUCGAAAGGCGUCCUUUCGGCAGCCCCAUCCGAUGGCAUAGCAGAAGCAGGAUACGCACGUAAAGGAAAAACAAAACAGUUUCGCACUUAAUUAUGCAUACUUAUUUUCAAAAUGCAAUUCGCUGCACUUACUACAUGCAAUCUAAACCAAACUAGCCGAGCAAUUUCGAACAGUUUAGCCGCACUUAAACUGUUGACUGGGAACAAACUGUAUUUCUGCAAGAUUUCGCUUUUCAUUUUGUUCCUUGUCCUUUUUUCCUCCAUUAACGACAGUAUUCCUUUAUCCGCACGUUUGUUGAAUCAUGUGUGUAUUUUCCCCAAAAGCUGACCUGACCACUCGAGUUAUAACAUCAACUUUGGUCGUUUCACUGCAAACGUAGCCACGGUUGUGGAAGGUUGGCUCGCAAGCAAGACUCGUCUUCAGAGGAAACAGGAAUAGAUACAAACUACUGAAAGCGCCACUUGCUUGAGAUAAUGGAGGGGUAAAAAUGUGUAUUCCCACCAUUUUAUAGUCCCAGUCGGUCAUUGCGAACUAGUUCUUCUUUCUUUACACUGUUUAGUUGCAGUUGCUUCACAAAAACCUUCCUCCCUUGAUUUCUGUCAAACACACAGGCCCCAUGCAGAAUUUUAGGUUCUUUAAGUUUUAGCGGAAACACACCGUGUGCAAAUGAUUGUUGUUAAAUAUUAUAGUUGUUUUAUCUAACUUUUUUUUUUGUUUUGUUUCUAUCUGAUCGCCUUUGUCUACAUCAUAAUACGGCGCAAGUAAUUGAAGAGUGUUAACAGUAACAUCUGCACGUUCACACCAGUGCUGCACUCUGUUCGGAUUUACGCUGGCACUUCCGCCUAGGUUUGCCCGAACAGAGCAGAUUUGGUGAGAGACUUGCUGAAAACGUGAGAUAGAGUUGUACGAUCGGUAUUUGUUCUAUGUAUGUUGCAAAUGUUUUUUCCCCAGCUUAAAGAAGUAAUUAAUACUUUUUUCCGUUCUAGGCUGAUAAGGUAAAAGAAACGUGCUCGCCGUGCGCACGAGGUCGGGAUGUAGGGUAGCGGUAUACUUUUGCUUAUUGUGGUAUACGGUUUUGUGGCGUUGGUAAUAAUGGUUGCGAGAAGAAUUUUGGAAAGACCAGAUGAAGUUUGCUGGUUCCUAAAACCAUCUAUAAAAUACAUUCCUUCAAACAAAAGAUUCCAAAGCAUGGCAGAGUGCGUAUGUAUCGGUCUCUCAGAUUUGCAGGCAGAAAAAAAAACAUCAUGUUCUGCAUCGCGUUUAACAACGUCCUUUCCUCUUCCAUGUCGCGAAUACUAUCGGUCUAGUUUUCGGUCCAGAUGUUCGUUGUUGUCUAACGAAAGAGAUUUAAUGGUCAUUAUCCUAGCCCUUACCAUCUGACCGGUUGUGUUUGAUCUGUUCCACUGUUUCCAUUGCCACAGCAUCUUGCUUCGUGGACAACAAAAUUAAACGAACGAUUUUCUUUUUGCUGACCAUCGAAGCAAUGGUAUGGAAACGGGUUGAAAUGGUAUUGACACUAUCCGGCCACACACUGGACAAUGAUAAAUGGGUAGUAGCAGUUAAGAAAGCGUGUGUUGGUAUCGUUUUGUAUCGGUGUGUGUGUUGGCCGUGUGGAACUUACAGGAUCAUACUAUCCUUAUUGCCAGUGUCUUCGAUCACUAAUCUUGGUUUGGUUUUCAUUGAUAAACAAAAAAUAUUUCUCAGCAAACUUACUUCUCGAACCUACUAGGGUUGGGUGGGUUGAACCGAUGCACCGUAGUAAAAGUAUACCAGUCUCUCGUCCCGCUGAAUGUGGCACGUGGGCCGGUAGUAAGAAACAAAAAUAUAUGUAUAUUGGAAAAAUAGACGUAACUAAGAUAAAGGAAAUAGGAAUGAAAAAACGAAAAUACAAAAAAAAAACAAAGUAUAUAUAUACAUAUAAAAAUAGACAUUGUUGUAAACGAAGAGUAACGAAACCUUA